GAGAGACACAAGCAGAGUGUUGUGUCUUUAAGGAACAGGUGGCUCAGAACAGUGACGCGUUAAUGGCACUCACAGAGGAGACACGAAGCCUUUGUGCUGUCUGUCGGAGCCGUAAACGAGCACCAAGCCGUUAUUAAUGCGACAUGAAUCAGGAAUAAACGUGUUUAGGGGCUGUGACUGAUGUGUGCGAUGCUCCUGACGGCUUUACCCCAGUUCGGAUUAAAGGUUGAUGAACCUGUUGAAAUGCUCCCGAAAUCCAGAAAAGCGCUCAGCAUCCAGGAGAUCGCAGCUUUGGCCAGAUCAUCACUCAACGGCAUCUCUCAGGUGGUGAAGGAUCAUGUGACCAAACCGACGGCGAUGGCUCAGGGUCGAGUAGCACACCUGAUCGAGUGGAAAGGCUGGUCCAAGCCCUUAGAGCCGUCGUCUGCUACGCUGCAGUCGCAUUUCAAUUCCUACUCGCAUCUCAGUGAGGGAGAGCAGGAGGCCCGCUUUGCAGCAGGUGUCGCGGAGCAGUUUGCUAUCGCAGAAGCUAAACUCAGAGCCUGGAAUUCUGUGGAUGAGGAGGAUGUGGAGGAAGAUUGUUCUGAAGAGGAAUUUACUCACAAUAACGAUUUAACUGUGACCACUCAGAGCUCAGAUGCUGUGCUGUCCAAUCAGGAUAGCUUGAUGCUGUGCCAAUCUGAAACAAACCAGAACAUCAGUGAGGACUCCAGCCUCAUCCUGAGUCACUCAGACAGUCAUCAAAACUCAGAAGAACCGCAAGCACUACUAAUCCCAGCAGAAGAUCUCCAGAAGCUCAAACGUAGGUCCUUCUGGAGCAGAGGUGACUCCUGCUACAACUCUGCCUCCUACUCAGAGUCCUGUCUAUCACCAGAGGAAGAGGAGGAUGAGGAACAGGAUGAAGGGGAACAGGACAAUGUCUUUCAGGAGGUGAUCUGCUGCUACAGCAUGUCAAAUACUUCAGGAGCAGCAUCCUUCGAUGACGGGAUAGAUGUGGAGGACGGAGAAAUGUCCAGGCAGUGAUGUGCUCUCUCUCUCUCUCUCUCUCUCUCUCUCUCUCUCUCUCUCCCAAUCAUAUCUUGAUAAAUAUCGUCCCUUUAGUGUCUCCUCGGUCUGUCAAUCAUAUUGACAUCUGGUAAACGAUCAAUGGACACGUUUAACUUCUCCUUCAUUUCCGUUUUCUUCUUCUCCUCCUUCUCUCUUUCCGGUUUCACCACGCAGUGAAUGUAUCAUCGUGGAAACGAGGGACUGGACCAGGAGUUUAUGAGUUUAAUAGUUAGAGGAUGUCAUGGUUUCGAUGUCCUAAUGUUAUGCUGUAGAAAAUCGUUUCACAUAAGAUGAGGACAGAAGAGUUUCUCACCACCUUUAUUUUCAUUUGACAGCAUGGUGGAAACGGGCAUUACAGCAUUACCAUGUGAAGGAAACAAUGCGUCUCUUCUUUCUUUCUCUCUCUCUCUCUCUCUCUCUCUCUCUCUCUCUCUCUCUCUCUCUGGUUUGCUUUUCUGCUCCACUGUGAUGUGAAAAGUUUUCUGUCGGCUGCUGAAUAAAAAGGUUUCUGAGGCAUCGUGUCUCAGAGGCCUCGAGAUGCAGCAGGUCUACAUCAGGAUUGUAACGGAACCUUCUAUGACACGGCAGUAGAACCUCAUCGACGUGGAUAUGAUGCGCCACAGUGAAGUUACACUCGUGAUUUAUAUUCGACGUGGCAUUAUUCUGUAAACGUGGCCUGGUGACGUCACCGUGUGUGUUUGUGAGUGGGACGUGCAAUCUUUAUGUUUGUUUGUUUUUUAAAUGCUUUGUAUAAGAAUCUGUUGAGGAAUUGCAUUGAUCACAUGACUGCAUUAAAGUGAAUGAGUGUAAAUUUCUCCCGGUUUCUGUUUUUAAUGCAGCGAGUCCAAGA